AUGGUGAGACGGGUGUGCCAUUUGUCGCUGUGGAGUAAGUCCCUUCGGCCUCGGGCUCGCUUCGUCGGUGCAUGCUCCGGUACCGGUGAGAGGUCAGUAAGGGUGGUGGCUACCGGAUCUGGUGCCUUGGCAUCGUUUCCUGGUGGCUCUUGUACAGGAGUCUUGUCUCGUCCGGUGCCUCGUCUGGAUCCAAUGGUGGCAACGGCGAGGUGGUGCAGAGUUUACAAAGGGGCCGCUGGAGGUUUCCUGGUGUGGUGGAGAGUGGAGCUGCUUGGCUUUCUUGCUGCUCUCCGGCAGCAUGAACGGCUCCAGGAUCAGGUAUGUAUAUAA